AUGGACAGCGAUUUUAUUCGGGGACACAUCAAAACAGGAAUUUCGAAAUUGAAAGACUGUUUGGACAAUGCACCACUAUACUUUGGUCCAGUCUCGGCAUUUGUCAAUUCUCUAGUUGAAUGUACAAUAGCAUUUAAACUUCCUAAUGGACAUUUUUACUUUGCUCCUUAUGCAUUUGUUCGCAGUACUGAUACCGGUUUUAAAAUGGAAAAUCCUACUAUUUUCGAUUUGGAAAAAGAUGCGAUUAUCGCUAACGACUGUUUUUCUUUUUAUAUUGUCAUGUGUAAAGUAAAAAAUAGCAUUUUUGAAUUUAAAGAUGAACAACAAAAUGAAAUAUGUCAAAUUAAACAACUUUGUGGUACUAUGAUUAAAGUCGAUGAUGCAUUUUUAUCAUCAUUAGGAAUACAUGAAAAGAAAAACAAAAUGAACAAAAAUACUAAACAUGUAACGCCUUCUAAAUUAGUGGAACUUCUUAAAGUACAUACUAUACAUAUCAUCCUUCGUCGCACUCAUUGGGAUCCUAAAAAAAACGAAUUCGUACCAGAGCCAACGAUUUUGUUUUGUUCGAAUGCUUUCACACCUGUUAAUGCCUCAGUUCGAGUGCGUGAAUAUAAUUACAGUCCAAACAAAUUACAAAUUACACAAGUUUCAUCGGUUCAAAAUGCCAAUCAGUAUAAUUUGGUAGUAUCGUAUGUUAUUUCGGAAAUGUAUAAAUGUACAGCGUUGAAAAAGAAAUAUUUAAAAGCUUUAAUAUUCACUGACAAUGAACAAGAGUCAAGCAUUCAUCCAAAUUAUAAGUUUAUGACUGAUGAAGGAUCAGUUGAUUCAAUAUUAAUUCCUGUUGAUCAAUAUGAAUCUUCGUAA